CGUGCGCGGCCUCAGCCAAAAGGUCGCGUCGCGCGCGUAGUGACGCAUAAUGGCAAGCGCCUUGAAGAUGCAGCGGAUGGCUGGGCUGGCAAGGGCGCUGGUGCCCUUGCGGAAAAGGGGUUCUCUAGCCGGGCAAGUGAGUGCGAAAGUCUUUCUUUGGGCGUCGCUGCCUCUGCUUCUCCCUGCUUAGAGCCGUCUCUGUCGUCUAGGGCAAGCACGGGGAGGGCACGGAGCGUGAUGAUGGAGCUCAAGCUCGCGGGGUCUGCAUUUUAAUUUAAUUUAAUUUAUUCAUAAAAUUUAAUAAACCUCUAAAUCAUGAAAGCAGUUCACUCAAAAAGGAAAAACGAUUAAAUCAAAGGGGAAGGGAAAAGUCAAAACCACACUUUAAAAACCGCAAAAAAAGUUAAAAUACUACAACAGAGGUUUAAAUUCACACCAGCAUUUAUAAGCACCUGGGUGGGCAGUGUCUAAACAAGAGUGGUUUCUCGCAGGUGCCAAAAAGAGUUCAAUGAAAGUGCCUGCUUGAUAGCUGUGGUUACAACAUACAGAGCGCAAGCACAUUCAAGGACUAUGUAAUAUAUGAACUCAAACAAGAAUGUAUUAAGAUUGAAAGAAAUAUACAGUGGUACCUCGGGUUACAUACGCUUCAGGUUAGAGACUCUGCUAACCCAGAAAUAGUACCUCAGGUUAAGAACUUUGCUUCAGGAUGAGAACAGAAAUCGGGCUCCGGCGGCGCGGCAGCAGUAGGAGGUCCCAUUAGCUAAAGUGGUGCUUCAGGUUAAGAACAGACCUCCAGAAUGAAUUAAGUACUUAACCCGAGGUACCACUGUAUCUGCAUUGGAUUUAAUUAAUAGGUUAUAUACCUUGCUUAAGGAUUGUAUAUGGUGUACAUCCUGGACUUGAUUUGUAUGUUAGGAAGUAACCAGUAAAGAAAUUUGUUACAAACAUUACCAUUCAGCCAGUUGCGCUCUAUAUGUUGUAACUAUUGCAUCUGCGUAACAAGGCAUUGCAUUUGUUUUGCUUGAUAGCAGUAGGCGGGGACUUCAAAAGUUUAAAAAGAGUUCAAUGAAAGUGUCUGCUUGAUAGCAGUUCCAAAGUUUAGGUGCUGACACACUAAACAAUCGCGUUCUUUCAUAUGCGGGGUGGGAGUUAUGUGGCACCUGUACAGUUUGGGGUUCCUGACUCCCGAAGACCACUAGCUGGAGCACAGUGCAAAAUAGUGGUCAAGAAAGGGGCUGGACGUGCAUGUAAGACUAACGAGCAAGGCACGUGUGAGUGUAUCUUAAGACAAAAAUUUGUUUUCUGUGUCAGAGAUUGCAGCACACAAACAUCUGUUACUGAUCCCCCACCCCAAAGUUCUUAAUUUAGCAUCUUAAUGGGAGGGGGUGUGGUCAAGAUGUUGCUGCUAUUAAACAAUUAAGAGUCAAAAGUGCUGAGCUGGCAAGUGCAUGUGUAGAUCCUUGGGAAUGCGUCUUCCCCAGAAAAUAGCCCUUAAAAGAGGUAGUUGCACCAGAACUUACUCUGAUUCUAUGCAUAUAUUUGGAGAAAGGGUCUUGUGAGAUUAGUGGUGCUGACACCCAAGUAAGCAUGUGUGGGGUUGCUCUUUAAAUCUUCCUCUGCUCCUUGGUUGUUGGAUCCUUUUCACUUAUUUUUGUCUUGCUCUCCCCUUGUAGUUUGACUUGCAUCUAGUUCGUUUCCUUCAUGCUGGCCUUCCAGUUCUAGCAGCAAAAGAAGCUCUGGUGAAGCUCAGAAAGAAAACUGGCUACUCGUUUGUGAACUGCAAGAAAGCCUUGGAGAAAUUUGAUGAUGUCAGUGAGGUGAGAACAAAUGUUUCAGUGAUAUAAAAUGCAAGUUUAAUUUUAGUUUUUUGCCUGAGUGUUUCAAGUACUUUCGGGGAAAUAAUGGUGUUGUAAGCAAUUUUUGCAAGUCUUAUGUUAAGGUUGCAGUCCAAUGCAUACUGGCAGCGGGGUAAAUCACAUUGAGAUGUGGUUGCAAGUGAGUUUAGAGGCCAGAAUGUUUUAUCCUGUGUGUCUUCAGUCAGUGUAGGCAAAAGGUAAAGACUCUUUUCUUGCUGCUCACAAAAAGACAACCAGGAGAUGUUUCCAUGUCAGAUGAAUUAUUGUGAAGAAGAAGAACUUGGGGAAGGAACCCAAAAGUUCAGGGAAAAACAAAAUGCAUUGUGAUUCAUAAAAACACUGUGCAUUUCAAAAUGUGUUUCAGUCAGUGGGAAUUGCUUCCAAAUAAACAGCUAACUCUUAUCUUUGGUCAGACAGAGAAACCUUAGUAAACUGAUGAUACCUUAACAACACUCUCUGUGAAUGGCACCAGAGGAGGGGCCAAAACAGUAUUAGUUUAGCCUCCUGUUGGAAGUAGAUAUGGAUUCUGUGACUUCUAGAACCUGCAAUGGAUCUUAUCAGCAUAUUUCUAAUGGUUGAUCUGAAGUUUAUAUUUACACGCAAGGAUGCCAAUGGACCAAAUAUUUUUAUAUUCUUACAUUCUCCUUUCCAUCUGCAAGACAUUUAAAAAAUAAAAUAUAUGAGGCCAUAUUUAUAAUAAUAUUUGAACAUCCCCCAUUUUAUUCUACAGUGGUAUAAUACUGGGAGAAUACUUGUGCUUUUAUUUGGGGUUUGAAUUGAUUUGUUACGUUGUCCUUGGCAAUAGUAUCUCAGUUUAUGGGUUUGCAUUUGUCUUUCAAGGCUGAAGCCUGGCUACAUGAGCAAGCCCAAAAGGAAGGAUGGAGCAAAGCUUCCAAACUGCAAGGGCGGAAGACACAAGAAGGGCUUAUUGGGCUGCUGCAAGAGGGAAGCUCUGCAGUGAUGGUAGAGGUGAGCAUUUUCCUUUUGACAAAAACUUUUUUUAAAAAAUAAAAAAACUACUUUUUGUUUAUUUAAAAAAGAACAUACACUUUAAUAACACACAGCAACAAAGAAACACAACUGAAUGUAAGGUAAUAUUAAACAUAACACAUAUAUGCAAAGUACAAAUUUGGAUUGUUUCAUUCAUUUUCCCUAGAAAAAAGUUAUUGUUAUUGGUGCUGAGGGGUAGUAACAUUUUUUAAAGAUUACUUUUUAAAAUAAAUAUCAGGAUAUUGCCCUCGAGAUCUUACGAGAUUUCUUGUUUAAAACUGAGAAGUUGCUAAGAAUUCUAAAUGGUAGCAUAUUUCACAGGAGGCAUUUGACCAUUGUUAUCAUCAUUAAAUUUUUGCCAUGUUGCUGAAGAUAAUCUUUUUUGUUUGCCCUCCUGUAUAUCUUAAUUUUUGAGUUAAUUUUUCACCCACAGCUAUGGACCAUAAAUCCUCCUCUGAUCCCUCUAAAUAUUUCUAUUUUCUUAUGAUAACCAUUCUAGCAGCUCACAAUACAUACAGAAUCAAUUCUUUGUCCAAACAGAACUCAUUGAUAAUAGAAAGUCAGUUUGCUGUUGGAGCAAAGAAUGUAUUUGGGCCGCUCAGGUGUAAUUCCCGCAUGACUCUACGAAAAGCAUAGCUACGUGAGCCUAUUCUUUUAAGAACUGACAUUUCACAUUAUUCCUCAGAGCAAACAUGGCUCUUUGGGAGACGUGCCUCUGGGGGUUUGUCCUGCGAGUGCCUGCUCUUGAGAAAAGCCCUGUUGUUUAGGCUUACCAUGAUGGAUCAGGGCAGAUCUGAAAACACAAGUGCUUCCUUCUGUGUCUCCUAAACCAAUUUCGGCAAGCAGCCCUAAAAAGUACCCUGGAGAAUCAAGGUGGGAAACCCUGCAGUAAUUCUCGCCCAACAGCGGGAAUGUGUUUAUUUCUGUGCCAUUUGCACCAGUUCACAGAAGUGUUUUAAGCUGCUGUUUUUUCGUCCCCUUUGUGGCUAUCUUGGGUAUCUUGGCAUUAAAUAAAGGGGAUUCAAAGGAUGCUGCUGCCUCUUGCAAAGGAUAUUCUGCCCAACAGUUCAUGCCCAAGGGGACCAAGCUUGCUGCCUUCUUGUCAGUGUGUGUUUGCACUUUCUCUUACACCCAACCCAGAGGAAACUACUGCAGGAUCUUUUCAGCAGUAAUUUCAUACCACACUGUCACUGCUCAAGUGCAAAGAUCCCACAGGGGCAGGGGCACCUCUAGCAGUAGUUUCAGUGGUAAACCUGCUAGUGUGACUACAUGGGUACAAGAGUUCAAAUCAUUCAUAGAGAAGACUUUAUUUGAUUGAAAGACAGCUUUUUUGUGGCUGCCUUAAAAACUUAGUUGUACUGGCUUUGAUUUUAGAAUUGGUUUAGGACAGGGCUUAGGUGUGGAACCUGUGUUGCUGGACUACAACUCCCAUCAUCCCUGGCCACUGCCUAUGCUGGCUGAUGGGAGUUAUAGCACAAGAGCAUCUGGAGGACUGCAGGUUCCCUACCCAUGGUUUAGGGAUAACAUCUGGCUGGCUCAGUUUAGGACAUGGAUAUUGUUUCACUAGUGUGGACAAUUGUCCCAGGCCUGUCUUCUCUCACAUUCCACCCAAUUAAUUUUUUGGGAGGGAGUAGGGAAUUGUUAAUAAUGGAUGUGCAGACUCUUGGGAAGUUAAGGAUGUGGUUGCAUGUCCUAAUGUGCAUCCCAUUGAAAGUCAUGGACACCAUUCACAUGCCAUUGUGCUUUUGAUUUUAUGUCCCCUAUUCCAAAAAAAGAAGACUAUGUGGAGCACGCUGAGUUUCUGUGCGUGUCCCAUGUCCAAGAUUGUGGAGUGAAAAAAUGUAUAAUUUUAUGAUAGCAAAAGGACUGGUGUCUCACAUUCCUAAUAUUUUCGAAAAAGACUAGCGAGCGAGCAAACAAUGAUUUUCUUAUGGACAAGAAAACAAUGUGAUGGAGGCAAGCAGAUUAAGAAGCUGCAGGGAAUUAUAGAGAGGUUAGCUUCAUUUGCAUUUCUGAGAAAGUAUUGACAAAAUUAAACUGUAGAAGGACACCUAGUGAAUAUGAACAAACAAUAUAGAUGUGUUAAGAAUAAAUUAUGCUACGCCAGCAUAUUAUCUUACAGAAAUCACACAGCAAUCAAGAUUGCUUGCUAGAUCUUCUUGAUUUCCUAGCAGCCUCUGAAUGUUAAUGUAAAGAUUUUUGCUAAAAUGUUGCCUUCAUGCUGAUAUGCUGCCUGAAAAUGAAUGGGUAAAAUUAUAUGCUUAAUGGGAAUAUCCAUGUGUUCAUCAGUAGUUUGAUGCUUUACGACACAAAUCUACAGAAGUAGAGAAGGGCACCUGAGUGGUUUGCAGGGAUAUUUUCAUUCUCGGAUGACAAAAUCAAUGAAGACUAAUUUUAGUAUUAAAAUGCACACCCUAGCGUGGGGGAGGGGUGUUAAAUGGAACAGAACCAAAGCUGUAGCCAUUUUUAUUUUAUUUUCAAAAAUAUCUAUACUGCCAACAGUAUGGGGGGGGGGAAUAGGGCAGCGGAUAGUACAAAAUUAACAAUAAAAAUACAGUCAUAAAACAAAUUGAAAAUACAUAACAAAUAAUUAGAUCAGGUUAAUACAUCAGCAGAGCUUGGAUCCCCUCUCAGGGAAAGCCUGGAUGAAAAAGUUGGGUGCCUUAUCUUCCCCGCCUGUGCUUUUGGAAAACAAGAUGUCAUCUCAUCCUCUAAUUGCCACUUCUGAUUUUAUUCCUGCGUCUUGAGCACCAUAGAAGUCGGUGACCAAGACAGUUGAAAGUUAGCUAUGCUUCUUUGCCAGGUGAACUGCGAGACUGACUUUGUGGCCCGAAAUGUCAAGUUCCAGCAUCUGAUUCAGCAGGCAGCGAUUGGAACGAUGGUACAUUAUCAAGGGACCAGGGACCAGCUGAGCCCCUACGCCAAGGUGAGAGUGGCACAAAAGGCUCCAUAGCUUAAAACUCCUGGCACAUUUUAAUAGCAGUUACCAGAGUUGUGCACUUAAGUGCAAAGUGCACCUUUCUGCUGAAUGAAUCUUAAUAAGCAAAUUACACAAAGGGAGGUCACAGAAUCGUAGAGCUGAGGGGGGAUAGAGAGGCUUGUUCCACUGUUUCUGACCAGACCUGGUAGGUUAAUUCCCACAAAAAGCUCCCAGGAAGCUUCUGCGGGAGUAAAAAGCACUUUUAAGGGAUGUUCUGUUUGUCUAUGCUGUCCCUUUGCCACAAACUGACCCCAGUACAUCUGGGUUCUGAGGAAGAUUGCCUUGGCUUAGAUUGAAAUAACUGGGGAAAGAGUACUUUGGGGCUUUUCAUCUGCACCCCUUCAAGAGGACUGUGAGUUGCUGUUCCUGUGUGCUUGCCGACAGACAGUUGUCAUGAGUGCAGACACUUUGUUUAGCUGGAAACAUACUUUAAACAGCAAGUGAGGGAAACUUGUGUCUGCAUGCAUGUUCGGAAGUCCAGGUUGGCUUGAGGCUCCACACUGAGUGCGUUUUCGAGUGGCAAACCAGCAGCUAUUGCUGCAUUUGUAGAUCGAGUCUCACUCUUCUCCUCCCCAGCCCCCCAAAACCCAUUUUAGCAGUUGCCUAAACAGCUUUUCUAAUUAACUGUGAAGGUUAUAAAUCUCGCUGUGCAUAUCAAGAGAAGUGCUUGAUAAGUUUGUAGAUUUAUAAUGCACAAUAUACUUAUUUUGCAGUGUUUCUUAAACUCAAAUGAGCUUUCUCAGCUCCGGAUAGGACCCGAUGGCUCCUUGCUUGUGGACCAGCUGGCUCUGGCUAUUGGUGAGUGUUCUACUGCUACAUUUCAAUUGUCUGUGAUUUGGUUUCUCUCUUUUAAAUUGUUUCCAUUUGCUGUUGUAAACCAGUUUGAUAGUUCUUUUUAUGUAAGCAAGAUAGAAAGAUUAUUGCUAAAUAAGACCAAGAAAGCAAGGAGCACAUAAGAAACCUGCCCUAUACUGAGUCACACCAUUUGGUUCAUCUCACCCAGUAUUCUCUAUUGGGCACCAGCUCUCCAGGGUUUUUGGCAGGGAGCAGUUCCUAGUCCUACCUAGAGAUGCCAGGGAUUGAAGGAUCUGCAAGGCAGAUGCUCUACUACUGAGCCAACAGUCCUUUUCUGCCUGAAUACCCUUUCUCUAAUUUGUAGGUGUGUCCAGGGGACACGGGUGGUGCAGGGACUCAGGUGGCGCUGUGGGUUAAACCACAGAGCCUAGGACUUGCCGAUCAGAAGGUCGUGGUUCGAAUCCCCGUGACAGGGUGAGCUCCCGUUGCUCGGUCCCUGCUCCUGCCAACCUAGCAGUUCAAAAGCACAUCAAGGUGCAAGUAGAUAAAUAGGUACCGCUCCAGCAGGAAGGUAAAUGGCGUUUCCGUGCGCUGCUCUGGUUCUCCAGAAGUGGCUUAGUCAUGCUGGCCACAUGACCCGGAAGCUGUACGCCGGCUCCCUCAGCCAAUGAAGCGAGAUGAGCACCGCAACCCCAGAGUCGGCCAUGACUGGACCUAAUGGUCAGGGGUCCCUUUACCUUUACCAGGCGAUUAAGUUGCCAAGAAUGCAAUGCUUACUGCAAGGACCACUUCCUUUUCAGAAUGUAGCUGAUUGCCAUAGGCAUAGCAUAGCUCAGCCCUUAAAACAUCACUUGUGCUCCUAAUGGUUAAUGCUACCUUUUUGCCUUCUAUCUUUCUAUGCAGGCAAGCUGGGGGAAAACAUGGUCAUUAAGAGAGCAGUGUGGAUAUCGGUGCCAGAGAAAUUUUUCAUCGGCUCUUACGUGCACGGGGCUCUCCCAGAAGGAAACCCGUCACUUUCUAACAUGAUGUUUGGCAAAUACGGAGCUCUGGUGAUCUGCUGUCCCUCUGAGCCAUGUGAAAAGUCGGACUUUGCUGAACUGGGCUGGAGGCUGGGCCAGCAUGUGGUGGGCAUGGCCCCGCUCUCUGUAGGCUCUCUGGAGGAUGAACCCGGCGAUGAUUCUGAAACCAAGAUGCUUGCCCAGCCCUUCCUGCUGGACCCUGCUAUUUCCCUGGGACAGUACAUUCAGCCCACGGGUGUAUCUGUACUAGACUUUGUGCGGUUUGAAUGCGGAGAGGAUAUAGAACUGUCAGCAUCAGAGUAAGCAGUACUUUUGUACUGGGGGCACUGGGACAAGUGAACUGUUCCCUGUUCCUGUUUGGGCCCUGCCAUGGUUAACAGACCUGACCAGUCACAAAUUAAACUCUGCUGUGUUGGGUUGGUCAUGGAAGCCGAAUACUAAUCGUGGAAUCUCAUUUCAAAGCUCCAGAGCGACUCUGCCCAGGUGUGGAAGACAGCUGUCAAUGUUACAAAUAAAACUAGCUGGCAGCAAGGAGGGGAACAGUGUCUGCUGGUUCAAGUGCAUCUGUUGAAUUGUCGUGAACCCCAGUGGUCGAGGCUAGGUCUGUGAGGUAACUGGGCAGCUCUUGAAGCAUGCAGAAAGUCCUUGGGGGCUACUAGAAACCCAUCAGAGCCCCUUUCUCCUCUUGAAAUGAGUAGUCCCGGUCCACCUUGUCAAGGGUUUUCACGGUGGGGACUAGAAGCUUGAGUGGCCUUGUUUUUCCUUAUGGGAAGCACGACCUUGGCAUCCUCUUCUAUUGCAGCAGAAGUCUAAAGGCUUAAAGUCUGAACAGACCUCUCACCAUUUAGUAAGCCAAGGUCCCUGGUAAUUAUUGCUGGAGAUACCUGCUCCUUUCUUCCGCCCAGCCACCCAAGCAUUAAUAGGCGAGGGGGCACUAGGAGAUGGGCCAGAAAGACAUCUGAUCUGCCCGCAGACAGCUUCCCUUGUCCAGCUUCGUAGAACAGUCUGUGCUACUUCUGCUGUAGUUGGCAAUGCUUGGUUGGCCAUGAGUGGCAAGUGUAGCUACUGUGGUACCCAACGAGCAAGUCAAUGAACAAGGCUUGGGUGUUCUGUAACACAUAUUGAAAACAAGCCGACUUCUGCGGCCGGGUUGCAGAAGUUGUCGGACAGCCCGCCUGCAUUCAUCCACACCUGUCUUGAAUGCCUUACGGCAUCUUGGACAGGCAAGUCAUCUUCCUGGACUAGGGCAGUGUCUCCUUCACUUUCCUUGCUACUGGGAUAUGCACAUUGUUCCCUGUUGCAUUCUGGCAGCCCCUGUUAAGCAGUAAGCCCAGACCUCCUGUGAUCACAUGCCCAAAUUCUGUGAUAUUUGCAGAUGCGCACCACAUACAUGACAUAAACUCUUCUGCUACUAGUCAACUUGGGUGGAGGUCUACUCUUUGACUGUAGAAGACUGCUCCCCCAGCACCUACACACCCUGAUUCCCUUGGGAAUGAGUGGUUCACACGCUUUAAAAGCAAGGGUGCAGAAUCCUUUUUUGACCCAAGGGCCAGUUGAUAGAGUCAAAGCAGGUGGAGCAAUGAAUGUAACUGUUACCUUAGUAUAGCAGGCUAAUUUCUGCAGUCACACAUACCCCUUUCUCCUCCAUCCAGGCAAACCAAGAGGCAUUACCAGAGUUAGGGCCGGUAUGGGAUGUGUUUGAGGAGGUGUAGCCAGGAGGGUAUAGCACUAUGGGUCAGAUAAGCCUGGAGGGCAACAUCUGGACCCUAAGCCUGCAGUUUCCAUUCCUGCUUGAAAGUCUCUUGCUAGUCUUAGGGAGAAAGUGAGAUUCUUGUGAUGCUGAACUUUGCAUGCUAUAACCGUUUCUGUGCUUUCCUUUGUGGAAUUGUUGUAUAUGGCAUGUACCAGACAAGUACUACGUUGAACGCUUCUAUGGAAAUAUCUGUGGAGGAGCAUGUUACUUAGUUUGAGGUAACAGAGUCAGCCUGUCUCUUGUCAGAUUGAAAAUACGGUCAUACCUCAUGUUACAUCCACUUCAUGUUACAUUCUUUCAUGUUAAGUCCCACGGCGACCUGGAAGUACCGGAUAGGGUUACUUCCAGGUUUCACCGCAUGAGCAGAAGCGCAAAAUGACGUCACGCGCAUGCUCAGAACCGGCGAAUCACAACCCGCGCAGGCGCGGUGCUGCGGGUUGCGCUCUUUUCAUGUUGCGAACGGGCCUCCGGAACGGAUCCCGUUCGCAACCAGAGGUACCAUUGUAGUUUCGCAGGAUGUGUUUCAGAAACAAGGAAUCACUUGGCUCUAGAGAACUGAGGACUGACUGUGUUAAGCUCCAAACUCCCUUAGGCAGGAAGGAAUACAGGAAUUGCUCCAAGCAAGGAAAGUGGUGCUCCUCAACUCUCUUGGGCUGGCUCAACACCAAGCAUGAAGUAGCUGCUCAGAAGUCCUGUUUUGUGACAGCAGAGAUAGCUAACAAGGUACCCUCCAGAUGUUGGACCAACUCCCAUCAGCCCCCCUGGGCUAGGGAUGAUGGGAAUUGUCCAGCAACAUCUGGAGGUCGCAUGUUGCCUGCCCCUCUCUUUCAGUGUGGCUAGGUGGAGAGGGUGCUAGUGGCACAUUGCUUGAUGCUAGAUUGUUAUUAUAUUUCCUCUUAGCUCCUCUUUCUCACCAGCAGUUGCAGUGGGAAGCUAGGCUCUACACAGCACAUCCCCCAAUAGUUGACUAGACCACAGUGGCGCUGGAGUUGGGGAAGGCAAAGCAGCCCAUCAAUAUAGUAGCUGUUAGUGUGCUUAAAUCCCGUACCCGGUCCCCAAAAUUAGAGCUUUCUGCACAUGACCGUAAGCAAUCAUUGCAGAACUACAAGUCCCAGCAUUCCUUGAGGUCACAGGCAGGAUGGAAUGAGUUAUUAAGGACAGUGAAGCCGGCUUUUAAUGUUUGCAAUAUAGGUAUGCACUCUACAAGGCCCAAGUCACACAAAACAGCCAGCCAUCGCGUGGCUUGGAUUUCUAACUGCCACAGCGUGGCUACUUAAUUUGCAUCAAGCGCAGCCGAUAGCCAAGAGCAGAGACGGCUGUUGCCUGUGGAUCUUCUGAAAUUCAGUUCUGCCUGCUUUGUCUGAGUUGGGUUUUCUCACCACUGUAGACUUGCAAUGGUGAAGCCGUUUUUUGUUGUUUUUAAAGUUCCUGGACAGCAGCAGCCUUGAGUAAAAGAUACGAAACCAACCUUCAAAGCGCAAUUUAGGCACAAACGUGAUACAUAACGCAGCUCCCUUCGCAGGCUCAGCUGCUUCUGGCUAGGGGUCCUGCCCCCAAAUCAAUAGGAAUUGAGUGCAGGUGUCAUCUUUUCCACCUCGAGAAACGCUUAUUCUUCAGAAAAGCCCCUUCUCUUUCUUCAUGUUGAGUUGCUUCCAAGUAGGGAGAGCAGCAAACUUUUCCCUGGGGAUCCCAAAGACUUUGAGGAAGUCUUGCGCUGACAGGAAAUUCUGUUGAUGAGGGGGGAAAGACCACAGUGACUAGAUGAGUAAAGGAAAGAUAGGAUUUGAGCAGUGAGUACACACAAUGAGGCCCCACUCUAGGUCACGUUAGCCCAAGAGAAUCCAAGGAAGUAAGUUAAUUGGAUGGAUUGCUUUUGGCCGUAGUCUUCACAGAUACCAGAUGAGGUGGAAAACCUACUUCUGAAUGUGGAACAUCAGACUGCAGGUGUGUGGGGUGAGGGGAUUGAAUGCUCCUCUUUAGCAAAUGAAUGUUUGAGGUAGAUUUACUUAUAGAUAUUCCCACACAUAGAAUUUUAUUAUUUAUCAACAGUGCGAUUUAUGUGAUCAAUUUACGGAGUACAACGAUAGGCCCCUGCCCCAACCAGCUUACAAUCUAAAACUAAACACGGGAAAUGGAGGGGAGUGGUUUAACAGGCCGAGUUACAGUCGGGCAUAAGAAAAUAGCCCAUCAGGGAGAAGGCUAAAGGGAGACUCCUUCCCCCUGACAUGUUGGUUUUCUGUGUGAAGGGGGUUUAUUUUUUUGUUUCGUUUUAUAUGAAGACACAUUUAGUCCUGCAAGUCCCUAUCUGCAGUCUGAAGCGGUACAGUUGAGAAACAAGUUUGCCUCUCCAUCUUCUAUUUGUGAGAGUGGGUCUAACUUCAGCUCUACUGGAGUCCGGCCGUGUUACAAGCCUUCAGCGAUUUUGCCAAGUAUAGCCCAUGUCAUUUGAAGCCUGCCUGUGCACUGGGAACUUACCUUUUAUUUUUUAUUUCCCCCCCAAAAUUUUUAUUAAUUUUCCAAAUUUAUAACAUAACAAACAAACAAACAAACAAAACAUAAAUCCUAACUAUAAUAAUUCCACUUUUGUUAACAUUGUUAGGUGACUUCCUCGAAUCCCCCUGGCUGAGUUUCUGUGUAUAUCAUUGUAACAGUUUUCCAAAACUAAUUUUUCAUAAAAUUUACUUAAUC